AGCAUCUUGGCAUCACAGACUGAUCAUCGAUCUGAUAGACCCUCACAUCACCAACUGCAUCUCUUUAUUCAGGAAACCUAAAACACGAUGGUUGCAUCGAAAGUUCCCCAGAACCUUUGGCACCGAGACCGUCGAGGCGGAGAUGCUGGCCGAGAGCGUGAGAAAGAUCCAGUUCGUUAUGGCCUUAAUUCCAUGAGCGACUCUGUUAUCGGCCAAGCUGUAGCGAAGCUAAGAUUCACUAAAGAUGGAGCCGAGAAAGGCGGCAAUGGCUUCUUUGUCAAUAUUCCUGGCCAAGACAAGGCUAUUAUCUUCACAGCAGGUCAUAACCUUAUGGACGAGAACGGAAAGAGGACCCAAAAUCUCCGAGCCUGGUGGUCUGACCUCGGAGAGCAACACAAAGGGGUGGAGAUUCUGGAGAAUGAUACUCGAGUCAGCAAAGUCUUUUCGACCACGCCUAGCGAAGAGUCUGCCAUUGAUGACUUUGGUAUCAUUAUGAUUCCCAAGAACAACAACCCUCCCCCUCCCAAAACGGCAUUUGGAUUUGCUCUGAGACUUGCUGAGGAGGACAGACUAGAAGGCAUCUGCAAUAUCUCCAGCUAUUUGACGACUGCUAAGACUGGCGAGCCGCCGACGCGCAGUACGGGACGCUUCGUCAAUCCUAUACUGAAACAACAUCAGCUUGAGUAUCUGACGUAUACUGAGGCUGGCGUAAGUGGCUCCGUGGUCUGGACCGGAUACAAUGGAGCUCCUGUAGCAGUGGCUAUUCACAAUUACGGACCUAAGCGAAAGAGUCCAAAGUACGGUAGUCGUGGCUCUCGUAUUGAUAUGAAAAUGAUGCGAGAGAUCAUGGAGUGGACUGGCGUUUACAAAAGGGCCGUUGCCAUCAUAGCCCAACCACUUGGGAAGAAACAGCCCAUUCCUUCACUGCCCCUCUGCAUGGCCUGGUCCGAACAAGACAAGGUUCUCCGCGUCCACGUCCAAGAUGACACUGAACCAAUCAUAGAAGAAGCAACAUUUGAAGCCCUCCCAGUCUUUUCUUCCGCACUGCUCCUUGGAAAAGACCCAAAGGAGGAGAUCGGCUUUGCACAGGUUGAUAAAAGACCCAACGCUGCUAAAGACACCAUGCGCUGGGUCUCGUGGAACAUUGAGUGGAAUAGCGUUAGUUUUGCUAGUGCCCUCAGUAGAGCGCGGUUGGUGAAGUGGGACGUGAAGGGGCCGUGGGAUGUGAAGGGAAAGAUGGCUGCGAUGACCCUUAACUGGGGUGAUGCAAUUAGAGAGGUUGUGUUUCGUGUUGAUGAUGAGGUUGUCAAGAAGUGGGAACUCGAGCUUCCUGAUACUGAAUACACCGGUAUUGCAUACCAAGAAAAGGGGGAUACAAAAUUUCAGAAUCCUUACAAGAGAUUUAUUAUGAAAGAUGUUUGGGCUACCUAAGGACUCUAUUCCUAUUUGUUUUUCUAUUUCUAUUUAGUAUCUUUAGAAGAUUAAAAUAUUUUCAGCCUGUUUGGGGUCGUAUUUCUCCAUUUUAUGGUUAUAAUAAGAGCCUGGGAGCACAUAUUAUUCGUAGUUGAG